AUGGUUGCAUGCCACGCCUCCCUUCAUGUUAGAGAUAUUGCAAUUUUCUCUCACUCUCCGCUCCCAGUUCUCCGUCAAACUGUGAUUAAAAUGGGGUUGUUUUCAACUCGUAGUAUAGUCACCUACAUCGCUUUUGCUGUAGUGAUUGACCAACUUGCUCGGAUCGCAUAUAUGAUGGGAUUUCACAAGACUGUAUACACACAUUAUCCUGGGAAGUGUAGAGCUCUACCAGGAAUUGAAAAUGGAUCUGAGGAUAUAGUGACCUCGUCAAAUGGAUAUGCAUUCAUAUCGGCUGGUGUCUUGAAAGCAUUUGAACCUGAUCAAGAUAUAUUGGGUAAAGUCUUUCUUUUUGACUUCAAUUAUCCUGAUGAUGAUCCUAAAAACAUUCAGAUUGUGGGAUUUGAUCCCUCAGACUGGAUACCCUUUGGAAUGGACAUUUGGGAGAGUGGGCCAAAAGAUAAUCCCACACUGACCCUGUAUGUUGUCAAUCGGCACCCUGAUAGAAUAGGAAUUGAGGUGUUUGACUUUUCAUACCAGAAGAAGAUACCUACCUUAACACAUCAGAGAAGAAUACAUCACAAGAAUAUUUGGAGUCCCAACGAUCUAGUUCUGGUGGAUGAAAAUCAUUUUUAUGCAUCAAAUGACAAAUAUCUCCCAGAACCUUUCAACAUACUUGAGGUGUUUUUUCGACUUGGAUUAGCGAGCGUGGUCUACUAUGAUGGAGAGGAGGCUAGGAUUGUUGCUGAAGGAGUGAAACUUGCCAACGGUGUGAACAUAUCACCUGACAAAAAGUUAUUGUAUGUAGCUGCAACAAUUGGAAAUGAACUGUUAGUCUACAGAAUCCAAAGUGAUGGAAAUCUAGUAAAAGCAAAGGCCAUUCAGCUUGGGACUUUUCCCGACAACAUCAACAUUGAUAAAGAAGAUGGAUCUGUUUGGAUUGGUAAUAAUCCUGUGAUGUAUCAUUUCUUCAACCAAUUGGGGAGAUUCACUGGAGUUGGACAGGUUUUGAAUAUACACCUGGACAAGAAUCUGAAUCCAACCAUUCGAGAGGUCUUAUCGGAUAACACAGGACUGAUACGGUAUUGUAGUGUUGCAUGUCGCUAUGGAAACAGAUUGCUCAUAGGGACAGUUGCCGAUAAAGCUGCUUAUUGUGAAGGGAUUACAUUCUAAACAUGUCAGUGGGAAAUAAGGCAAUAUUGAACAGUGAUUGAUUCAUAUUAUUAAUUGCUGAGUAAUUGAGCCAUUAAUAUCACUUUGAAAAUAAAACACAAAAGGUGAUGUUAACUUUGGCUGCUGGUACAUUCCUGCAGAGGUAAUGAAUUCAAAGUGAGUAAAAACUGGAAUCCAAUGAAAUGACUACCCAUAUGGAAUUACAUGUCAAUUGAUUCCAGUAGCGAUCAUUUAUUGUUGUGGGAUGUGUACUCCACUGCUGCCCACCAUGUCAGUAAAUGGAAUAUUACAAGACAUGUGAUGGUCGAUGGGCUUUACACCAUUGCAGCAAUUUUUUUUUUUAUAUAUGUUUUUUUGAUUUACAAAGGUUAACAAUCAUCGAAUCAAUAAUAUACAUGAGCAAUAACUUUUUUUUUCUUUAAUUGUUCAAUACUUGAUGCCAAUUUCCUGUGUAAUAUCUUACCAACCCACAUGCAGUAUUUCAAUACAUAUUUUUCUAAACAGAAAACAUAUAUUUUUAUAUAUUAUAUUAUAUAUAUUAAAUUUUUUAUAUUUUUAAUCUUGUUUUGAAACUUGUUUACAAAAUGUAUUUAGCAAUUACUAUGGUAGCAUCAUUCUUCCCAUAUCUUAUUUAGGAACAGUAUCUGAUGAUUAUAAUGAUGAAUAUAAAGAUUACAUUUGAAUAUGUGCCUUUUUUGUCUCAGGUUUAAUGUGAAUGAGAUUUUUUUUACAUAAAUAUUUCUUAUAUUCAUUCAUAGUUUCACAUUAUGUUGGUUUUAAAAAAAUAUCAAAUUUCACUUGCACUUGUCAAGGAGUUCAUCUGUUAGUCGUCUAGUAGUAUUAAAUGCUUCUUUAUGUCAUGAAACUGAAACAGGACCUUUUAAUGUUUGUAUGAAAAUUCCUGGUCUGAACUCAUGCGUGGAGCGUUGUGGCCCAGUGGAUUAGUCUUCGGACUUUGAAACAGAGGGUCGUGGGUUCAAAUCCCAGCC